AAAUAUUUGGUUAUGCUUUUCCAUUCUUGCAUGGAUGGUGGAUUUUGUGAAGAAACUACAAAUCAAACAUAGAAAAUCUUCAUGAUUGCCAACAGGGUUGAAGAAGCAGAGUACAGCAGAAUCCCCAUAUCAACCUCAAUAUCAUCAUCAAAGUCCAAGAAGAAGAUGGCCACAUCAACAUCUACUGCAGCUUCUUCUGCGACUAGCAAUGGCAGCAGCAGCAGCAGAGAAGGGUCAGCAAAAUCCAUAGCGGCUGAUCAAAUUUCCCAGGCCAUUCAAUCCACAUCCAAUCUCCUCCACCUCAUGCUUCAGUCUUCCCCUGCUCAGGCUGAGUUACUGAAGCUUCCAAGAAGCCUUUUGGCGAAGACACCUACUAUAAAAAACACAGAGUUGGUGUUGGAACAGAUGCCUCAUGUAAUAUCAUCUUUGGAUGCGCAUGUGGAUAAUUCUUUACAGAGUGUUCCACAUCUGAAAACUGUUAUCCAGUUACUUUCAAAUAUUGAAAGCUGCCAGCUUAAAUCUUUAUCCAAGGUUCAACUGGAACAAGAGAAAAUUGAAACAUCAGAGCAACCUCAAGAAUCAGGCUAAAGAACCAUGAAAUUCGCUGAAGCGGCCUACAAGGGUACAUAGCAAGUCAAUGCUACAAGGUUGAGCCAUCAAGAACCACCCCAAUUUUCCGAGUCAAAGACUAUAAGCUUGGGCCAUCAUGAACCGUCCAACAUUCAAAUUCACACUAGUUUGUGGCACACAAGCAAUCUUGUCUUAGACUCUUAGUUCUGUUUGAAUUUUGCUUCUCUUAUGUAAAAUGGUAUAACCCUGUAAAGUUGUAUUGCUUACUAUUCCAAGUUCCGUUCAGAGGACCUGUGUGGCUGCCUGCAUCCCUUGUACUCUGAGGGUGAUCAACGAGAAAGAAUUUUAUUUGGAUUUUUCAAACAAGGAGAAUUAUUUCCAAA